AUGAGGUUCAUUAAAAGAGCAUUCAAGUGGGAAAAACAACAAGAAAGUUACGCACUUUCCAAGUUAAUUAGAAACAUGCACGUGACGUACAAGGGCCUUAUAAAUUUUGCAGAUAUUAUUCCAACAAAAAGUUUCGUUUUCACCAACGUUUUUCUUGAUAUCACAAUAGAUUCUCACAGCAUAUCAAUUUCUUGUGGUAAUGUGGAAACUAUCUUGAUAUUUACACGACCCAAACAAAAAUUAAAGGUCGUUAAAAUCUCGAGUAAAAAGCCUAAUUAA